UAUAUAGUUUUGAACGACUUGCAAAGACUCGACUGGAUAAUAAUUUGUGGUUAAAUAUCAAUUAUGUGUAAUAAUUUACUAUUCAAAUGAAUGAAAAUAACUUCCUGUAUGUUCGAUACCGGUUUUAUAAUUGAUAGAUGUUUAAUUUAUGAAACAAUAAAUCCGUGUGUUUCUUUAGGAAAUAUCUCGUUUGCAUAUUUCACAAAAGGUGUAAAUCGCUCAUAACAGCAUAAUUUACGACCAAUCAAAACUGACACUGUGAAAAAAAAUUAAUUUGGAAACGCUCAUUUUUCUUUUUUCAAAUUGAAGGAUACAGAAAGAGCAGAUGGAGGCUCCAACUUAUGUCACACUUGCCUUGUUAACACUUGGAUAUGCUGUAACAGUUGUAGUCAGCUUGAUAGAACCAGUGUCUCUACCAUACGACCUUGACCGUUGUAUAACACAGCAUAUAUUACAGUCGAAUACCUCUCAUACACCGCCUCAUUUGGCUGAGGCGUUCUGCGUGAAGAAGUUUAUUUUACAUAACCCUAAUUUGAGGGUGAAAGUGAACUUUACAACAGACGAGACUGAUUAUAUACAAUCCUUGUUCAGACAAGUAGAAGCAGACGCCGGUGAAGAUACUCAGAAAGGUAGAUUCAAACGGCAAACGGGAGGAUGGAGAAGACACCGGAGGGAAAUUAGAUCAGCGCCGUAUAUAGAGUGGCAACAGUAUGUUCGUGCAGUGACACGCUUGAAGAGGGUCCAGAGCGGAACCAAUGGAAGAAGCCGUUAUGAUACCUUGGCAGCAAUACACACUGCAGCAGUUGAUGAAGUACAUUUUGGUCCAUCCUUUUGUCCAUGGCAUAGACUUUAUCUAAUACUAGUUGAGACAGCUCUUCGAGUUCCCAUACCUUACUGGGACCCAACUGUUGAUGGUGCCAUGGACGACCCAACACAGUCCGUUGUGUGGACCAAUAAAUAUUUUGGUAACGGCAAUGGUCCGGUAGUGGUUGGUCCAUUUAGACAUUAUUAUACACCUACAGGACCACUUUCUCGUGAUAUUGGGUCUGAUGGACUUUUAUUCUCAAAAGAAAAUAUACAGCGGUUGUUUAGAUUUCGUUUUAAUAGAGAUAUUUUUGAACCGGCUUCAUUAGGUGAUCAGAUGUCUACAUUGGAAGGACAGCAUAACAUGGUACAUUUCUGGAUUGGUGGACAUAUGAAUGAAUUUGAAUACGCUGCAUAUGAUCCAGUGUUCUGGAAUUAUCAUGCAUACGUUGAUUAUGUAUGGGAAAAUUUCCGUAGAUUGCAAGUCAGGAGAGGUGUGAAUCCCGAGCUUGAUAUUGUGAGGUCUUGGCAACAAGAUCCGGAUAGUUUUGCAGUUGGAUUGCAAGGUUUAAGAAUUCGGGAGGGUUAUUCCGGACGAAUUGCAGGAAUGGUGACCUAUGAGUCAAUGCCAAAAUGUCCAGAAUGUGGGAAUAGUGCUGACAUGUAUUGCCGCCGAGAUGUCUGUGUAGCAACAAGUGGGUCUUAUAGGAGAAAUCGAAUCUCUUUUCCUCGUCGUGUGUUCAACCGUGGAAGUUUUAGAAACUUAUUCAGUCGUUUACGAGGGAAACGAAGUUUAAUAAGUCAAUUCAAUGGUGUUAAGGACACCAGUGUUGAAUUAACAGAUUUGGCUUUUGUGCCUGUGAAGGUAAUCAGAAAUCGGAAAGAAGACAUAACUAACUAUACCUCUCCCAACAUAACUACUGACAUUAGCCAAGAAUGUAUAAGACACCCAGAAACUCUGCACAAUAAUGUCAUUUACGUAGAGGCUGACGGACUAAACUAUAAAGGAAAGUAUAAAGACUCUACUUACGUGAAUCAGUCAGCUAUAAUUUACAUAGGUGCUCAGAAACCGACAAAUGAUACGUCGGAGGUCUUUAUAACUGCUUAUGACAGAUGUGGUAGAAUAUGUAUUCCGAAUUGUUUGGUCAAAGACAGUCAACCACCAAUAUAUAAAACAUGUACAGGGGCAAUUCGAAUAACAUCACAAAAUCCAGUUAUGUACUUAUCAUUUCCCUAUGACUCCGAACUCCAACAACAAGCAAAUACGACAAUACCACCAAUAGAAUUUCAUUGUACAUUCUGAAGAAUCAUUGAGUUGGUAAAACAUCUUACAUAUUGCAGAAAAUAAUUAUUUGGAUAAAGGUUUAUUGUAGUUUUAAGGAGAAAAAUACUGCUAAUUGAGCAUUAUGUUAUAAGAAGAAGAAAACGUCUUAAUUUUUCAGGUAUAUGCCACCUAUAGUACAAGAUAAUUAAACAGAAAAACGCGGAUAAAUAAAACACAAAGCAAAUAAUACUGAAUUCAAAGAAUUAGUGACAUGGCCCUUUUUAAAUUUUCAAAAAAACAAGUUAGAUAUAAAGAUAAUGAUAAUAAAAUUAAAAUAAAAGUUGGGCAGAUAUAUCAGUAUGUUUCAAUAUUUGUUUAAAAAACAAAUAAAAAAACCCACUACAAAUCAGAAUAGCACAAUUGCAAUCCGUCCCGUAAGAUAGUAUCAAUGAUACCUUGAAUGCAGUUGACACCAGAAAUAUAAGCCUGGUUGAUAUCUAUGAUCAGUUUUUGCAUGCUUAGAAAUAAAUGUGUGAAUGUAGAUUUCCCAUUCGUGUCAAAAACGUAUACAUUAGUCCUUUGAAACAUGUGGUUAUUUUUCUUCUUGUUUGACACAUUUUAGUGUAUAGUUUUCAGACAAGAGGGAGCGAAAAGAGCCAACUACGUGUAUCUGAUGAAAUGUAUAAGAAAUUAAAAAAAAUGUUUGUCAUUGAUUGAAUGCAUAAAUAUACAAAUUCUUUUCUUGUGUAUAAUUUGUAAUGAAUAUGCUGUUUGGGUUAUACCCCCUGUUUCAAAUAAUUAACGUCGUUGACAUAGGAACAUCGAUGAAAUAUGAA